AUGGAAUCUAGUAACUCCAAUAGCCGGAAUGCUACGCGGUUGAACAGACCUGCAGCGUAUCGAUCACGGUGGUUACAGGGCUAUGAUCAUGGAAAUGAAAACUUCUACACAACAGUGGGUGAAGGCAAUGAAAUGUACAACACUUCAUAUUCAGGGUAUACGAAUUCGCAAUAUAUUCGAGAUAACGGAGCCACGGUCACAAAUCAGCCGUUCUCAAUCUCGAAAACCGGCAGAGUUGAACAAAGACCGUUACCUAGGCCGGACGAGGACACGUCAGAAGAUGGUGGCGGUGAAAAGAAAGAAUCUUAUUCCAGUAUUUUAAAAGAUUGUGGGUUGAACACAUCAUCACAUGGAAUACCACGAAUAUUUAUGUCUGAUAAUUUACUUAUCAGAGUAUUCUGGAUACUGAUUACUCUAGCAGCGUUCUGUGCGUUUUUUUGGCACUCCACGACUUUAAUCCAGGAUUUCCUUGAGCGAAACGUCGUGACCAAGAUCGAAGUAGUAACAGAGAAACGUCUGGUCUUUCCAACGGUCACAGUUUGUAACGUUAACAAACUCCGUAAAUCCGCCAUCCAAGACUCGCCGUACAGAAGACUGCUGUCCAUUGACAAUGACAAUGUUUUACCUUACUAUGUGCCAUGUAUUGACAACGACUUUGCAUGUGGCAAUGGAGAACUGUGUGUAAAGCAAUACCUAAGAUGCGAUGGGAUUAACCAUUGUCGAGAUUUCAGCGACGAAUCCGGCUGCGUGUAUGGUGACUGUGGGUCUACCAAGUACAAAUGCCAGAGUGGCAGCGAUAGAGGUUUUUGCAUCGCUAAAACAAAAGAGUGCGACAGAACACGUAACUGUUACGAUGGAGAAGACGAAGACGAUUGUGAAUGUAAGUCACGCGAGUUUAAAUGUGUAGAAAAAGGAGGAUGUAUCGAAAAAGCACGUGUUUGUGAUGACGUUGUAGACUGCACAGACGGAAGUGACGAGUUGGGGUGUGGAACAAUUGCUAACUGUUCCGCUGGCUUCCUGUGCGAUAAUGGUAGAUUGUGCAUUCCACAGGCCUUUAAGUGCGACGGGUUUGCAGACUGCACUGACUCGGCAGAUGAACAAAACUGCGAAGAAGAUACACGAGUGCCUUUGGUAGGUGUAUGUCCUGACAACCAGUUUGCAUGUGAUGCCACACAAUGUGUACCAAUAUACUGGGUCUGUGACGGAUACCCGGACUGUUCAAAUGGUUAUGAUGAACAGCAAGACUGCCAAAACAUGGGUUCAGACGCAGGGUCAGACAUGGGCUCCGACAUGGAAGUAGGCACUGGGUCCAGCGGAUCGGGAUCAGGUUCAGGAUCGGGAUCGGGACCCAAUGGCAGUACAGUGGGUCCCAACGAUGUAGAAUGCUCGAUGUUCGCGUGUGACCUCGGUGUCGUAUGUUUACCGUUAAUGCACGUUUGUGAUGGAACGCCAGACUGCAUAGAUGGUACGGACGAGAAUAACUGUACAGAUAACUGUGCUACUGGAUCGGACGAAUAUUUCUACUGCAACGACGGAGCAUGUUUCCAAUCUAUGUACCGGUGUGAUAACUACGCAGACUGCAUGGACGGAUCGGACGAAAUGAACUGUGGCACUGGAUCCAGCGAAUUAGUAACUGGAUCUGAAAUGUAUUCCAAUGUCAGUACAGUGGGUCCCGCCAAUGCAAACUGCACAGACUUCAGCUGUGACGGUGGCACGGCGUGCAUUGAGCAAAGCUGGGUAUGUGAUGGUCUCAGCGACUGUGAAGACGGCACAGAUGAACAUGAAAAUUGCAGUAACUUGUCCAGAAAGCGAAGAAAUCCUGCCGAUGAUCCACCGCGUCAACUUAGAAAGGAAAGAUCUAAUAGAAAUGGUACCGAAGAUAUAUGCAAUGGAUUUCAGUGUUCUAACGGUGAAUGCAUAGACUCGUAUUCAGAAUGUGACACUGUGGCAGAAUGCACCGAUGGCAGCGAUGAACAUGAACACUGCAUAGGAGCAGUUGUUGAGAACAAACACGUUUUUGAACAAAACUGGCACGUGCCUUACGAAGAGCUUACCACAAAGAUGUCCCACUAUAACGACUUUCGAAAACGAUACUACCGAUAUAAUGGGUUUUACAGAGUCAAAGGGGAGAACCCGCCUGAUUGGAAUGGCUUCAGAACGUUCAGUUCCACGCCGGAUUACAGUGAUUUGGAAGACGUGUUAAAAUUGGAAGACGAUACAAUUUCAGUUUUAGGUCAUCAAGCGGAAGAUUUUAUAUUGCAGUGUACUUUUGACCAACGUGAAUGCAGCGCAAGUGAUUUCAGCGUUUUCCAAGACAACCGUUACGGCAACUGUUUCCAGUUCCCAGGCAAGAACGACACGUUUCGUAUCAGUCGCACUGGGUCCAAGUAUGGCCUAAAGUUGACUCUAUUCUUGGAACAAGACGAGUACAUCAGUUUGUACGGACGCGAGACAGGGGCGCGUGUGGCGAUCAGCCCCCAUAAAGUGCACGCGUACCCAGAAGACGAAGGCGUGACUAUCAGACCAGGCGCUGUGACGUCGUUUGGUCUCAGAGAGGCUCAUUUACUACGUACCAUACAUUCGGAGAAUGACAAAGCAAGAAAUCUGAAUGACGAAAAGUCCAUCAGUGAGAAUCUUGCAAGUUUGGAAAUUUACUUUGAGGAAUUAAACUACGAACAAGUAUCCGAAUAUCCAGCAUACGGGGUUUUCAAAUUAUUCAGUGACAUUGGAGGUACACUGGGGCUGUAUAUUGGUGUAACCAUGGUUACUGUUUGUGAAGCUAUUGAUUUAGUGUAUCAGCUGAUACGACAUAAACUAAGACGAUAA